AUGGCGAAGCUUAUGAUCCUCGCUGCUUUGUUAUUUGUCUCAUCCAAAACAGGAGUAAGUUCCCUGGGAACAACCACCAGUCCUCAACAACAGAAUCCACAAACUGGUGCUGACGAAGACUCAUGCCAGAAAUCCGUUUUUGCUCACGGAUUUUCUGGAAUUCCAGGAUCGAAUGGCAUACCAGGAAUGCCGGGAAUUCCUGGCGCCCCAGGACCGCAAGGACAACAAGGAAAAGAUGGAGCUAAGGGGGAGCCUGGUGUCAAGGGACCGAGAGGUGUGACGGGAACAAGAGGACAAAAGGGUAAUCCAGGGUCACUUGGUAAAAAUGGUGCACCUGGAAUGAUGGGAAUAAAAGGAGAUAAAGGUGAUGAAGGGUCACGUGGAAGCAGUGGACUGCCAGGAAUCAAGGGCGUGAAAGGAGAGCAGGGAUCUAAAGGAGAGAAAGGAGAAAUCGUGAAUAGUGCAGUGUCACAGACCAACUGGGAACAGUGUGUGUGGAAAAGUGCUGAUAGUAGAGAUAGUGGAAAGAUUAAG